AUGGCCCAAUUUCCAUCACGAUGUCAUUUACGUAACAAUCCUACAUCGGCAACUGUAAGACGACACGAAAUUAUCACUUACGGCCCUUCUCGUCAUCGUCGGAAAAAGCCUGAUAAUAACAAUGACAGUCAUCCGGUUACAUCGUCAUCUGUUUCAUCCUCCACCACUACAGCAACUGCUCCAUUUCCCGCUUCUUUACAAGCUACGGCUUCGAAAGAAUUACAAAAAUUUACUGGUGAUCCGUCACAGAAAAUCACUCAUUUCAUCAAUGCUAUCGAACUAUUACGCUCUUUCAUUCCAUUGAGUGAUGCCAUGCUUCAUUCGAUCGCUUCUCUUGUUCUUCUGUGUUUUCUUCUUUCUCUUCCUCACUCUAUAUACGCGUGUGUCUUAUUGUGA